AUGGAUUCUUUUCAAGAUCUCGCAGAUAUGACCUUGGAUGUCGAAUCCAAACCAGAGCGAAGGGUCACCAAUGUGACAACACAACCACAAACAUUCGUGUACUUUGUAUUACUUCCCGGGGAGUUGCCAACAGAUGGACGUCUUCGCUUCCGAAAUUAUGAUCAUCUUGGAACAACACCAAUCCCUCGAGGAUUGUUGCCAGUUAAAAAUACUCGGUGGACUCCUUCUAUUCUCCUCGUGAACAAAGAUAGCCGGAGAAUCGGUUUGAGAUAUUACAAGAACAUCUCUUUGGAUCCGGUGUACAGCCCAAUCUAUUACAACCAAGCGUUAGAUUCCAUUAGUGUACUCGGUCCAUUACACGUUACUUUCCCCCUCGUCUAUCGCAUCAACGCUGAUCUCGUGACAAGGGUCCACAUCCCCACUCGCGUAGUCUACAUGACCGCCAGCAUGGGCCGCUCCAACCACCGCUUCCCAACUCCGCAAUGGAACUGGGCCAAAGUCAUGAACCAAAACAUCAUUCAGUACUUGAUGGUUGGAGAUUUCAAUCUCUCUCAUCUUCCAUUCGGAACGAGCACCACUCGGACACAGCCCUGGGAACUCGUCAUCGAAGAUCUUCCGUGCAGGAAUCCUCAUGAGAUUGAGGAUAUACAAUCACAGCAACAAUGGAGAUAUUUGAUUAUAACUGAACUUGCGCGUCAGGCUGCAUCUGAAGUCUUCGUAUUUCCAAUCAUUGUUUUUAAGCUUGCUGCUAAGUCUACGAAUGUGUGUGCUGAUUGCCGCGCUUUCAAGACGAGGGAGACUAAAAUGAAAAAUCCGAGGAAGAAAAAGAAUUUAAUAACUCAAGUAGGUGGAAGUUCCACGAAGUAA